AUGGCUAAAUCAGGUGAAGGUAUCCGCGUGCCCAUCUCUACACAUUGUAACUCGACUCUGCCGGCCAGAUUAAGCACCGCCUCGGCAUCUCCGAGACGAGACAACAAGGUAAAUGCCCCCAGGUAAGCGAAACAUUCUCCGUUGGAUUGCGAUCUACCCUUGUUAGAAACUAAAUGCCGUUCUGCUGAAUGACCUCUGUUGCUUUGUUUUCCGUUGUUCUUGCCUGCUCGCGUUUGGCUUUAUUGUAAGUUAAAUGCCGUUCUGUUGAAUUUGUCCGCUUAGAGUGGGACGGGGGGGCUCUGCAUCCCCCCUCCCCCCCUUUUCAAGUCCUACUUAUCGUCGUAGGCAGGCCCAAGCUAACUAGGGUCGCCCUCCCAAUAAAAAAACGUCAUGAUCCAUAGUGGAGUUCGACAGCCACCUUAAACAACUGAACGGACCUAUUUAAGGACACCACUGCUCAUCCCGCGAGGGGGAAGGAGCUAGAAAAGGUUUCUAAACAAAUACUGGGGAACCACAACACCUGCAGGCUGGCCAAGGUCGCAGACGUUAAACUCACGAUCGAAACAUCCAGAAACGAAACAACACUUUUUCUUCCUCCUCAUCAUCCUCCUUUCUCCUCCUCCCCCUCCUCCUCCCGCUGCUUCACUCGCCAGACUGUCAGGGUGAGUUCUCCCACUCUGACGGCUUGUAAUGUUUGUUCCCUAUUAGACAAUCUGAGGAGCAACCGGCCGGAACGAAGGACGGCGCUAGUAGCUCGGGAACUGGCGCGUUACAAGGUGGGCAUCAUUGCACUCAGUUAGACCCGGUUCUCCGAACCAGGCCACUUGGAGGAGGUUGGUGCCGGUCACACCUUCUACUGGAGUGGCAGCCCGAAGGCAGAGGUACAGGACGCGAUUGUCGCCUUUGCCAUCCGAAAGGACAGCGUGGGACGACCGCCCUGCCUUUUGCAGGACAACAACGAUCGCCUGAUGAGCCUCUGUCUGCCUCUCCGGGGUGGGAUGGGCAAAUUCACCGCCAUCGUCAGCGUCUUCGCUCAGAGGAGGCGCAAAACAAAUUCUAUGAGGACCUGGACACACCUUUGGCGACUGCGCUGAAGGCGGAUAAACUGAUUAUACUUGGUGACUUCAACGUCCGCGUCGGUACAGAUAAUGCUGUCUGGGGAGAAGUGCUGGGUCCCCAUUGUCUCCACGGCUCCAAUGCCAAUGGCCUUCUCAUCCUACGAACCUGCGAAAAACACCGGCUCAUCCAGACGAACACCUCAUUCCGCCUCUCGCUUCGAGAUAGGCCACCUGGAUGCACCUCCGUCACGGCACUGGCACCUGCUGGACUAUCUUCCCUUCCGGAUGCGAGACCAGCUGGACAUGCUGGUGACAAAGGUGAUCCCGGUUGCCGGCGAGUGGAGCGACCAUCGUCUCGUCAUCUUGAAGUUGCGGAUACACCUACAGCAUUGCAGAAGACCAUAAGGUAAGCGACCUCCAGGUAAGCUGAAUAUUGCCUUGUUGUGUUUGUCUGCUCACCAUCUCCAUUUCAGCAACGACCUUGCUCAACGGCUAGCCUGCCUUCCAGUCGCCGUCGCUUCUGCUGACCAGAACGCCUCCUCGGAGAACCGAUGA